GGAUUCGCUGGACGCCCCUAAUGUAAUUUGAUGCACAUUCCCCUCAUGUUUUUGCUACUUUUUGUUGUAUCUUUUGAAAUACAGAUACCGACGAGUGUGGCUCGGACCCCUGUUUUAACAACGCCACCUGCCAUGACUAUGUGAACUACUACACCUGUGAGUGCGGACCCGGAUGGCAUGGCGUGCAUUGCGAGAUCAAUACGAACGAAUGUGCAUCAGAUCCAUGUUACAACAACGCCACCUGCCACGAUCACGUGAACUACUACACCUGCGAGUGCGCUCCAGGGUGGGAGGGCGUCCAUUGCGAGAUCAAUACGGACGAAUGUGGGUCGGACCCCUGCCUAAAUGGCGCCACCUGUCACGACUUCGUGAACUACUACACGUGCGAGUGUGUCGCAGGCUAUCAAGGAGUGCAUUGUGAAGACGAUAACAAUGAGUGUGACUCCGUCCCGUGCCAAAACAACGCCACCUGUCAUGACUACGUCAACUACUACGAGUGUGAGUGCGGUCCCGGAUGGGAAGGUGUUCACUGCGAAAUAAAUACCGAUGAGUGCGCCUCCAACCCGUGUGAAAACGGCGCCACCUGUCAUGACCAUGUAAACCGCUACACGUGCGAGUGUGUGCCGGGGUGGGAAGGCGUACACUGCCAGAUAGACACAGACGAGUGCGCGUCCAGACCGUGUCAGAACCGCGGAAGAUGUCGUGACUUCAUCAACUUCUACAUGUGCUUCUGUCAGUUCGGCUGGGUCGGCACCAACUGUGAGAUCAGUAACUUCUGCGCGUCUGACCCGUGUCAGAACGGAGGCACGUGUAGCGAGACGGCUCCAGGGUUUGAGUGCACCUGCCUGGGAGGGUGGGAGGGGUGGACCUGCAACCGCUGGAUCGAUCGUCCGUGUGACUUCAACUUCUGCGAACAUGGCGGGACCUGCAUGUUGCUGGUGACAGGCGAGAAGUGCUUUUGUACGCUCGGCUGGGACGGCAGAAGCUGUGAAAAAGUGUUCCUUGGCAGCAACGUCGAGACCGGAUGGAAGCUGGGCGAUUCCGUUGUAAACGGAAACUGGUCGGGCGGUGCCAUUCAGACGCUUGACGGGGACUGCUACCAGCCGGAUAGGUUCGAGUUCCGCACCUGGAACACUUGUCGGUUCGCCAAAGAUGGCGGACAAGCGAUCACCAAUGAGCAAGCGCACUCCGGGAACUUCUCCUGGCACUUGAAGAGGGGUUCCACGUCCACGUCCGAGGGAACCCCGUUUUCUCCUCCUCUCAGAAAAAUAGCCGGUCGAGUCGACAGGGGAUACGUGGCCGACGGGAACUCGUUCUACGUAUCGUUUUGGUUCAAGAUGGCGGGGAGAAGAACCGACGAUUCCCGAGUGGCGGUCGUGGCGGCGAAUCCCGACGGAACCGUCCGAUCGUCCAACUACAUGGAGAUAUUCACGGACGACACAUUCGGGUUGGCGGUUCGGACGACCGAGAUUUUUCCCAACUACACCUACUGUGCCCGUACCCAGGACUGCUUCCGAAACUCUUACCACCUCAUUGUGGGCAACCUACCUCUGUAUGAAUGGCACCGAUUAGACAUGACUUUUGUUGCUGAGCCUAUAGACUACAUGGACAAAUGGAAAUACGUAGUGGAUGAGAAGGCAACCCUGAUAGGGGGCGCUUUUCUUGCGGUAGAGAGAUUCGAUUUUGGCGAUCCCUACGAGUAUGUUAACCGGAUAAAAUUCCAACCACAACAUAGAAAUCAGGACGACGACCAUGCAGGUUUUUAUUUCGACGACAUUUACUACCGAGUGUUUAACUCUAGUGCUCCGGAUGUCACACUGGCGGAGUAUGGGACCUCGUUCGAAGCACACGACAUCCCAUAAUUCAUUUCUGUCAAUAUCCCAUGAUUCUGUUCGUCCUCGAGGUGUAUCAGAAGAUGCCUCCGCCCAUGGGGCGUCGCCAAAAAAGUGCCAAGAA